UUCUCUGUUUUGUGCCUUAGUACAAGCUUUACCAGCAUAAUUUAUGUAUAUUACUUUGAAGUAGGUUCGUGUUGUUUCGUCAAUUGUUUGUUUCUAAAGUAUAAUGGCUAGCAAAGUCCCCAGUGUAAUGUUUAACGACGGACAUACAUCACCCAUAUUUGGUUUGGGGACGUGGUUGGCUGAACCAGAAGAAGUUACCCAAGCAGUGGAGUUCGCUAUCGACGUAGGCUAUCGCCAUUUCGAUUGCGCUCCCGUCUACGGCAAUGAGGCUGAAGUCGGGAAGGCCUUGAAGGCCAAAAUUAAAGAUGGAACCGUCAAACGCGAAGAUUUGUUCAUCACCAGCAAGCUGUGGAACACUUUCCAUCUUCCUUGUAUGAUUGAAUCAGCUCUGAGAACAACGUUGAAUGAUCUGGGACUGGAAUAUCUCGACUUGUAUCUGGUCCACUGGCCAUUCGCUUUGAAGGAAGGGGGCGAGCUGUUCCCAACUCAUCCCAAUGGAACUACAGCUUACAGCGAUGUACACUAUUUGGACACCUGGUUAGGAAUGGAGAGAGUUCAAAGGAAGGGCCUUACAAGAUCUAUCGGGUUGUCAAAUUUUAACAAGAAGCAAACCGACCGCAUUCUUCAACAUUGUACAAUCAAGCCAGUAACGAACCAGAUCGAGGUGCAGCCAUACCUGAACCAGAAAAGAUUCAUCGAGUACCUCAAAUCCAAGGAUAUCGUUGUAACCGCCUACAGCCCUUUGGGGUCACCUGACAGACCAUGGGCUAAACCCGAAGAUCCGAAACUGCUAGAAGAUCCUAGACUGAAAGUAGUUGCAGAAAAAAACAACCGGUCGCCAGCUCAAGUACUACUGAGAUACGAGGUUCAGAGGGGGUGCAUUACUAUCCCAAAGUCUAUCGAUCCCUGGAGAAUCCAACAUAAUUUUCAGAUCUGGGAUUUCAAUUUAGACCCAGAAGAUAUGGCCGCCAUAGAUAGCAUGGAUUGUAAUUUCAGAUUUUGUCCAUAUGCAGAUGCCUUCACUCACAAGUACCAUCCUUUUGUGAAUAGUGAGUACUAGAAUCCAUUGAAGUUGAUAUUUCUCAUGUAAAAAUAAACUUUAAUUUUUUGUGAAGUUUCA